AUGGACACUCUGCGAGACUCUGCAUUUGGAGUCUUCGUUCGUGCAAUCACUCGAAACAAGGUCUUGUUGUACAAGGAAGAGCGAGAAGGGUUCGAAUUACCAGACAAGUACAAGCAGGGUGAAAAGCAACCUCGUGGUGGUAAAGGUCGACGCAUUCGAGGGACCAACGAUGUCCAAUUGGAACGACCGAUCACUCCGCCUGGUACACCUCCACCCAGAGAGAGUGACAGCAGUGAUGACAGUGCGAGAACGGUAGUGGAGGAUGAGGAAAGGGAGCAGAAUCAGGACCAGAACCAGAGCCAGAACGGUGAGGGCGGCGAGAACAACGGAGAGAACAGCGACGAUAUCAUCGUGGAUUGGUACGGCGAUGACGAUCAGGAGAAUCCCCAUAAUUGGUCAAUGUUCAAAAAAUGUUGGCUGACCGGUGCCAUCAUGUUGAUGACUUCCUCCGUUUACAUGGGCUCCUCAAUUUACUCUCCUGCCAUUCAGGAAGCCGCCCAAUACUUUGGUCUGGGUCAGGUGACAGUGACCCUUGGUCUUUCCCUCUUCGUGGUCGGAUACGGUGUCGGUCCAUUGUUCCUUUCUCCCAUCACGGAAAUUCCUCAAAUCGGUCGAACGUCCCCUUACAUCAUCACCCUGGCUCUCUUCACCAUCCUCCAGGUGCCCACAGCAUUGGUAGACAACUUUGCAGGGUUUGCCAUCCUUAGAUUCCUCGCUGGAUUCGUAGGCAGUCCACCACUCGCUACUGGAGGCGCCUCCAUUCAGGAUGUCUUUGCCCCUCACACCAUGCCUUACGCCAUGGGCCUAUACGGUCUCUCAGCAGCGUCUGCACCUGCUCUCGCGCCCAUUGUCUCUUCUUUUGCAGUCCAGGCCAAAGGAUGGCGAUGGGCAUUCUGGAUCAUGCUCUGGUUGAGUGGAUUCUCCUUGGCCGUGCUCUUCUUUUGGCUACCAGAGACCUCAUCCAACACUAUCCUCCUUCGCCGAGCCAAACGGCUCCGUAAACUCACUGGGAACGAUCGAAUUAAGGCUCAAUCAGAGAUCGACUCAGCUCAGAUGACUUUCAAAGAUAUCGCCAUGAUGUCCCUUGUUCGACCUAUCACCAUGACAUUCACGGAACCCAUCGUUCUGGCCUGCGAUCUUUUCAUCGGGCUCAUCUACGCCAUUCUCUAUUCGUACUUUGAAUCGUUCCCUAUCGUCUACAAUGAAGGAUACGGUUGGAGCUUGGGCGUUGGAACCUUGCCUUUCGCCUCUUUGCUAGUCGGAGCUGCCAUCAGUUACGGCAUUUACGCCCUGUGGAACAAAUAUUAUUUCAUCCCCCGGUUUGAAAGACAUGGUGAACAACUCAAACCUGAGGCACGACUCCCGAUGGCGAUGCUCGCUGCAUUUUGUUAUCCCAUCUGCCUUUUCUGGUUCGCUUGGACAGCCAACAGAACCUCUUGGGUCUCUCCAGUCAUCGCAUCCGCAUUCUUUGGUCUCGGCGCCACUUGGUCGUUCAUGCCCAUCUUGACGUACUUGCCUCACACGUACCCACAGUACGCAGCGUCUGUACUGGCAUCAAACGAUUUCUUCAGGUCCAUGCUCGGCGCUGGAAUGCCACUCGCUGCUCACGGUCUCUUUGUCAACCUCGGUAUCGACUGGGGUAACUCCCUCCUUGGAUUCCUUACCGUCUUGUUCAUUCCUAUUCCUUUCGCUCUCUGGAAGUUUGGCCCUUGGCUCCGUGCCAGAUCGCCCAUGGCAUUGCACGACGAUGAUCUCAAAGAGAGAGAUAAAGGACCUCAUGCAGUGCGCGCUCACGAGGUCGAGGAAUCGGCUUAG